AUUCAGUUAUAACUUAUAACCACAUCAGUUGCCUUUCAUCAACAAUCUCCAUCAGAUGAUUGGGUACUAACCAAGUCUGAAAUCACACUACUAGCCGACUUCUUCUGGAACCAUCCAAUUCUUCUGACUGCUAAUACAAAAGAGGCCAAACCUUGAUGGCUUGAUGAUAAGCAGCUUGUUUUUUCAAGCCAAACCACCUGAGAGGAUCUCAUUUAUACAUGCGCUCCUCCCUUUACCUUUUACCUUCAAAGAAUCCAACAUGUCUUCUUCCCCUGAAAUCUUCCUCACCAACUCUCCCGACGGCCCCAUUGUUGCCUAUGAUGCUUCCUCAGGCACCGUUGUAGGACAGUUCACUGGUAGCCGCUCACCGCGACAAGGCCUCACUGUCGUUGGAGAGGAUUUUGGGAAGACUUAUAUAGCUGCUUCACACAUAUCCCCAACCACAGGUUCUGGUUCAAUCCACCUUUACAACUGGUGGUCUUCAACUGCCUUUCACAACCUCCCUGUCCCCGAACCGGUUGCACCACUAGCUGCCUCCUUUGAUGGACUGUACCUUUUUGCCGGUGGCAUAUCAGGCAGUGUGCACACACUUUCAGUCCCGUCAGGGAAUGUGCUCAAAACACUGCCUGCACAUAACAAGCCUGUUACCUGCCUAAGUGUUAAUCAUGAUGAGUCUCUUCUGAUUUCGGGCAGUGAUGAUGGAACCAUUGCUAUUGUCCCUAUCUUUCGGCUUGUAGGAGACUGGGCGUGCGAGAAUGUUGAAGACAUAAUAUUGCACAAGUUUGCUGCUCAUUCUGAUUCUGUAACUGCCAUUGUAUCUGGUACAGGAUUAUGCUACUCCCAGAUUAUCUCUUGCUCAGAGGACUCCACAUGCAAGUUCUGGAGUCUCCGGCGGGGAACCCACCUGCGUACGGUUGUGUUUCCCUGCAUGAUUUAUGGGAUCACAUUGCACCCCACAGAGCCUGAGUUCUAUGCUGCAGGGUCUGAUGGUUCGAUACACAUAGGAUCCUUCAUGGUUGGAAGUAGAAAACUUGUGAUCCAAGGGAGUGAACUGAUGACAUUGCCUCAUAAGCACAAUGGUGCAGUUGUAUCCGUUGUAAUGGUGAAUGCGGGAAGGAACUUGGUUUCGGCAUCAGAAGAUGGGAGUGUUUGGAUUUGGAAACUUGGUGAAGGUCAGGUCAAUCGGGUGAUUAUGGCUUUUGGAAAUGAGAUGACAAGCAUUAGUGAUAUGGUGUCAGCCACAGGGAUAGAUUAUAACAAAGGGCAUAGUGCUUCUGAAGUGGGAAAAGGUGGUGCAACCAAGUGUAGUAUCGGGUCUUCAUGUGAAGAACUGAUCAAGAGUAUGCCUGCAAUGCGUAUGAUAGAAAUGGAAGAUCUGUCGAAAGUGGCAGCAAAAGAUAGGAGCAGAGCCAUUGACACACUUGAAUCCGCCAUUGCAAUAUAUGAGAAGCUCUUGGAACUCAUUCUCAAGGAAGCUAAGAAAGGCACUCGCAGCAGUAAAGAGAGGUGAAAAGAAGAAUCACAAAAUGGAAAUAUUGAAACAAGCUGUAAUAUCAGACAUAAACAUAACAUGUCUAGAUAAAUAAAAACAAAAGAGGUAGAAUGCUAGU